AUGGGGGACGUCGCGCGAGGCGCGUUGACCGAGUUGGAUUUGGAAAAGUACGCGCGCUUGACGACACUGCGCGUGGUGAAGUGCGGUGAUGUGGUGUCGUUGAUCGGAUUGGGGGCGUGCGAGAGUCUGCGGAACGUGACGGUGGCGGAGUGCGGCCUGAGGUCUUUGGAAGGCGCGAGCGAGUGUCGCGGGUUGGAGGCGUUGUACGCGUACGGGAACGCGAUUGAUUCGCUCGAUGGGCUCGCGGAUGGACGGCUUGAGCGGCUGCACACGCUUUGGUUGAACGAUAAUCGUUUAAUGUCGCUCGAUGGGAUCGAGACGUUGAUGGCGCUGCGGGAUCUGAACGUCGCGCGCAACCGACUCGAAAGCGUUCCGGACGCCGAUGCGUUGCGCGAGCUGAAUCACCUCAACAUCGCUGGUAAUCCCAUCAAGUCGCUCGCGUACGUUGGGGUGACUCGUUUCAUACAUUCGAUCACGUUUAAGGACGACGUACACGGCGCGUGUGACUUUUGUCGAGGGCGAUGGUAUCGCUCGUACAUCUUGCGAGCCGUGUCCAAUUUGCGCGUGCUGGACGGAGUCGAUAUAUCGGAAGACGAGCGAGCGAGAGCGAGCGAUGAACACGCAGAAAGAGAGUUAUGGUAUCAUAUGCGAUGCGCGAGGAUUCGCAAAUCGUUUGAUGACGCGCGUGAUGUCGCUCUGGAACAUUUGCGUAUACUCACGGCUUCCGUCGAACGCGAUUUGUUGCGCGCCAGAGCCGAAGGAAGAUGGCUUGAUGUUGAGCGCGAUCUUUCCGACAUAAGUCACUUCGAAAUCUCUUUCACGAAAAUCGAGCGUCGAGCACGCGAGGCGUCGCUCGUGCUGAUCGCGCGCGUUUUUCAAGAUGCGGAAAUUGUCGCAGAGACGGCGCGCGAAGAACGAUUCGCAUUCGCGAAAGCCGAAUCAGCUGCACAGAGCGUAGACGACGUCUUCAUCGAGAUCUUCGGUAAAUUCGGACGUGUUCGUAAAAAACGUGCGCCUCAAAAACGUAAAAGCGCGUGGAUUUUGACGCGAAGGAUAAGCGACAUUGUGAUCGCAUCGAACAUGACUGAGAUCAAUCUGCACUCCGCUGAGCUCCGCGGCAUUCCACAGGAAAUCGGCGAGUGUGUAAACCUACAAACAUUGAUUCUGAGCGAUAAUGCAAUCAAACGGCUUCAAGGUCUCCCUCAAAUGAACAGUCUAAAAUGGUUGGAUCUCGGGAACAAUCACUUGUGGAAUUCGGAGGAUUUGAACGUCUUGACGACGCGUGCGCGAAACGUCACCUCGUUGAUUCUUCGAGGUAAUCGCAAGUGGUUGGCAAAGAGUAAAUUCUACGCCCCAAUUCUGGUCAAACGCUCGCCAACCUUGACACACUUGGACGGCAUCGAAGUCACAUCUCGUAUGCGAGCGCAUUAUCGCGUCGUUGGAUGCAGACUGAACGCACGCGCAGUGAGACGUCGUGGUAAACUGUACCGUGACGCCGCGCAGUCCGCGUCGGAAAUCGUCGAAUUCAGCUUGGAAGAUGAAUCUCUCAGGAAAGUAGAACUGUGCGGAGAAUUCAACACGCUCAUCGUCGCAUACCUCAUGAAUAACUGCCUUAAAUCGAUCAAAAGUUUCGGCGUCACCUGCCGCCACCUGAGGCACUUAUCCGUGGAGGGAAAUGCGAUGAUACGUUUGGACGGUUUGAGUUUGCUGAAGGAAUUGAAAUUCCUCAACGUGCGCAACUGCAUGAUCAAAAUUCUUUCCCCAUCCUGGUUCAAGCCAUUGAUAAAGUUACUCUUCAUCAACGUCGAGCGAAACGAACUCCAAUCGCUCAGUGGACUUGAACAGUGUCGCUCAAUUCGCGAAAUAUACGCGUCGCACAACAUGUUGGCGGAAACGAGUAGCGUCGUCGCGCUCGCCGCACUUCCCAACCUCAGGUUACUCACGUUGUACGGGAACGUCAUGUGUGAUUUGAAAACGUACCCGCACUACGUGAUAUUCAAAUUCAAUCAAUUGUCCAUAUUGGAUACCGAUUAUAUCAGCGAGGCAGCGCGAGCGGAUGCGACAAAAAUUUACUCUGGUCGUCUCACGGAGGACAUGAUUGUUUCCGGUGAACACGCCGCGGGAGGAGAUGAAAUCUCAUUGGUCGCACUCGGAUUGUUUCAUCUUGAUCAUAAUGUCGUGAACGCGCGCUUCCAAGGAAUCAAACGCAUGAAUUUGGAAAACAAUAAUCUCAGCGAUGUUUCCGCGCUGGCUAGUUUGCCACGACUCACGCGGCUCGAAUUGCGCAACAAUAGGGUUAAUGCCAAGUUCGGUCGCGCCAGUUCUUUCAGCAAACUCAAAUAUCUUGAUUUGAGCGGGAACUACAUAUCAUCGCUCAGCGUGCUCGCGCUCGGUUCGUGCUCAAGUCUUCAAACGCUUCUUUUAAGCGACAACUUUCUCACCAGGCUCGACGGCAUAAAUCAGCUCAAGUCUUUGCGAGUACUCAAGGUUGACAAAAACAAAUUAAGUAGGAUCGACUCAAGCACAUUCGAUGGCUGUGAAAGUUUGCGGGUUUUAUGCAUGCGUAAGAACGCAUUUCGAACUCUGAAACACGUAACAAAGCUUGCCUACGUGCGCGAGUUACAUCUUGACGAAAAUCGAGUGGACGACUUGGAGGAGAUUAGUUGGUUGGCGUAUCUGACGCGCCUACGGAUUUUGUCCCUCGCGCGUAACAAAGUUUCAAGCGAAUAUCAGAGAUAUGUCGAGUUCGUGACGACGUGCUGCAGAAGUCUGGAGCAACUCGAUGGGGAAAAGCUAGUAUAUAAAUAA